GGCGGAGCGGCCGCGGGGCCCGGGGCUGUGCCCGCUCGCUGCCUGCCCUUGGGGUUCACCUCGUCGGGGGAAGAAGUUGUGGGGUAGAUCGGAGGUGCUCACAAGCCCGGCUGGCGCCAGGAGCAGACUUUUGGCUUUCAGUGGAUAGAUAUAUCUUAAAAGAGCAUCGUUGUUUGUUUCCGUAGGAGAAGUGGGGAGACAUCCUGAAAUCCUGCAACUGCACUGAAAGAAAACAGGGCAGUACUUGAAGGCUUGACAAAUGCAUCCCAGGUUGAAAAACUGCUGCAUUCCUCCUCCUCUUCCUCCUUUAGAAAACUGACUUCUUUAAAGAGGUAAGAGAGAAGCAAAAGUACUAAGAAAAUGCUGGGAUCAGAACGAGGUGUCGUGGAAGAAUGGUUGUCAGAAUUCAAGGCAUUACCUGAAACACAAAUAUCCAGCUAUGCAGCUACAUUGCACCGAAAAAAACCACUGGUACCAGCUCUUUAUAAGGUCAUUCAAGACCCAAAUAAUGAGCUCCUGGAGCCUGUUUGCCACCAGCUCUUUGAACUUUAUCGUAGUUCCGAAGUUCGGCUCAAGAGAUUCACGCUGCAGUUUUUGCCAGAGUUGAUCUGGGUAUAUCUGCGUCUUACUGCCAGCAGGGAUAGGCAGAGUAAUGGUUGCAUUGAAGCAUUGCUGCUUGGCAUUUACAACUUGGAAAUUGCUGACAAAGAUGGAAACAACAAAGUUUUAUCUUUCACCAUCCCUUCAUUAUCUAAACCCUCAAUAUAUCAUGAGCCCUCUACUAUUGGAUCUAUGGCUUUAACUGAAGGAGCUCUGUGUCAGCAUGAUCUCAUCAGGGUAGUUUACAGCGAUCUUCAUCCUCAAAGAGAAACCUUCACAGCACAGAACCGGUUUGAGGUGCUGAGCUUUCUUAUGCUGUGCUACAAUUCUGCUAUUGUCUAUAUGCCUGACUCUUCUUACCAAUCACUUUGUAGGAUGGGUUCCAGGCUGUGUGUGAGUGGUUUUCCACGGCAGCAUGAGAAACGCUGGAAAGAACACUGUGGUAGAGUGGUGUUAGACCCUGACUUCAUGGUGCAGCUGCUCACAGGUGUCUAUUACGCCAUAUACAAUGGUCAGUGGGAUCUUGGCCAGGAGGUAUUGGAGGACAUAAUUUACAGAGCACAGCUUGAACUCUACUCACAGCCUCUGCUGGUUGCAAAUGCCAUGAAGAACUCACUGCCCUUUGAUGCUCCUGAUGCAUCGCAAGAAGGCCAGAAGGUACUGAAAGUAGAAGUUACUCCGACAGUGCCGAGGAUUUCUCGGACUGCUAUUACAACAGCUUCUAUCCGUCGUCAUCGCUGGAGGAGAGAAGAUGCUGAAGGUGUAAAUGGAAGAGAGGAAUCUGUGAACCUUAACGAUGCUGAUGAAGGAUUUUCAUCAGGAGCUUCCCUCAGCAGCCAGCCAGUUGGGACCAAACCUCUAUCAUCUGUAUCCCAGAAGGGCAGCUUAAGGAAAACAGCAAGUGGGCGUUCUGCUAAGGAUAAAGAAACCUCUUCUGCAGCAAAAUCCAAUGAGAGCCCUCGAGAUUCAGUAGCACGGAAGCAGUACAUGCACCAAUCCACUGACCUUGGUGCGGAUAUCAUUGAGAUGACACCUACUAAGAAACAUCUCAGCCUGCCUGCUGGGCAGGUGGUGCCAAAAGCCAACAGUUUGAGCCUGAUCAGGACCGCCAGUGCUUCCUCCAGUAAAUCAUUUGACUAUGUGAAUGGCAGUCAAGCAGGCUCCAGUGUUGGAGCUGGUACAGAGGGUGUUACCAAUCUAGCAGCUGGCAACACCAAUCGGUUUUCAACUAUCAGCCUACAGGAGGACCGACUAGGCCAAGCUGGGGAAGGUAAAGAUCUCCUUCCCCCAGGAGCUCCCCUAACCAAGCAGUCUCGAUCUCCAAGUUUCAAUAUGCAGCUGAUAUCCCAGGUGUAACUUUGACUCCCUUCCCUAGGACUCCCUCUUUCCCAUUAAUCCCCAAGCAAGUUCAUCCUUAGCAAAACGUGAACCAUCAUCCCGCAGUGUGAAAAUACUGACUGUUGUGAUCUUGUUUGAUUUGGUUUAGCUAUCAUACUGUAUUACUGAAACAGCAAUAAUUCUUCCCUCACUUUCAUCCUCCCCACCCUCCCCCUUGUAAACAUGGUUGUGAAGCAGUAUAUAAUGUACUGUAUGCCUUUUUCCAUGCCUUCCUUUCUCCUUGGGUGAUGUGCAAUCCAUCGUAGGCUGAUCAGUCCCAUUUCAACACUGUGAGACUGGAGACACCGGCGGAAAUGGUGAAUGUGAUCCCUAUGAGAUGAUGCUUUGGCUUUGUUAAGAAAUAGAAACGGGUUUGUUUUCUCGGUCUACAGUACUGCAAAGACUACUGGAUCAUGACUUUUCUUUCUCAGAACCAGGAGUGCCUCAGAGAUUCUAGUGUGACUUUGGACCUCUCUGAGUUUGUGCAAUCAAUUCUGGGGAGGGGGAUUGUCAUUGCUGCUCCUGGCUGCCUACAGCACUUUUUUCAUUAAAAUGAGGGUAGUUUUUUCUUGCCUGCCCCCAGUCUCUCAUCCCAGAAGCUUUUGAUGUUCAGCAACUGAGACAUGCAUAUUAACAAGUUUUCCCUCAGAGAGAGGAUUCUAAGUAGAUAAUGUAGGUUACAAUGCACUUCUAAUGGCGUUGUAGCCAUAUGUAAUGUUACAUGUCUUCCCCUCCAGGACACAGGGUCAUUCUGCAUAUAGACUAAAAUUUAGAUAACACCAUGCUGUUAAAGCAAUUUGGUUUGUCAGUGGAAGGGAAGCGCUGCUUUCCCAGGAACUAAUGGCUAGCUCUGCUCCAUUUUUGUUGUUGCUGUUGUUCUUGUGAGGUGCUGAUCACUGAAUUGAAAGGUGUAUUCGGGUAAAGAGUAUUUCUCAGGCUGCUUUCUAUGGUAUCAUGGCUGUUGGACACCCUCGCCCCUCUCAGCUGCUUUCUCAGUGUCCCUGAAUUCAAUCAUGGAGCCAUUUUGAGGAAUCCUGCAGUGCAGACAGAUCAUACUCUUAAGGGGCUGUCUCAGGGAUAGAGACAAUAGUUUGCUAGAAAUGCUGAAGCUUCAAUGUGAAAUGCUUUUCUAGAAACACCGUUGGCACAAAGGGGUACUGACAGUCCUUUUUUCCCAGAAGGAUCACGCUUCAUUGCCUUGGUAUUUAUAAUCCGUUGAGGUUUUUUAGCUCUUGUUUUAGUGGAUUGGCCCUACUCUAGGAAAUUCAGAACUCAUGCCAUUGAGCCAAGCCUUGAAUGUAUAUGACUGGUGUAUGGGCACUGGCUGGUACUUAUGCUAGAGAAUACUGCUUAAAAGCACAUUUCUGGUUACACAUGAGAAUGUUUGUCAUUCUCUCUCUGUCUAUCUUUUUUUGGAUUGCUAGAGAGAAAAGGGGAAAGUUCAUCCUCUAUGCUUAAUUCAUGUAUGAUAUCCUGGAAGUUUACAAAUUGUAAACCCACAGGAAAGAGUUACGAUCUUUAUGUGGGCACUUUGGUUUCACUGUCACUGUGAAGGAUAAACAUAAGCAGUUAUAAAUAGCUGGCUAUCUUUGAAGGAUAGUCUUUAAGAAAUUCAGGACAAUAACAUUGUGUUGCAUUGCUGGUAGGUGGUUUUGGUAUUGGUGGUUUUUUUGCUUUUGUAUCUCUUUAUUUCAAAUAGAACUUUUUUUUCAAGUUUACAUUAAAAUACAUUUAAAUAUUUGAAGUUUUUUUGUGGUUUGACGAGUAACUUUGGUAGUCUAGUCUUCAUAUCUUACAUUCAUAAAGUGAAUUAAACAGCAUCUGGACUGAUGCAGAAAUUCAGUUAAAGAGUAAAUAGAAUCAUCAGAAAUAAAGAAAACCUUACAGUUUCUAAAUUGAAAUCAAUCUUUAUGGAGCACUGGAUGGAACUAAGGCAAAGUUGAGAUUAAGCUAUGAGGCAUUUUUUGUAAAGAUGUCAAAAGCUGUCUAUGGUUAAACUCUUCCUUAUUUUAUAAAGUUUUGCUAGUGGAGACAAUUGGUAAGUCGUGGCUAAAGGUACAAAGUUCAUAUUUUGUAGAGACCAUCACAAAGGAAAUUUUAUUAAAGAACCAUCACUGUAAAUUGAAAAGGACAAAAUAAUUUGCUUAAAUCUUCGGGAAAGAAAAGGUCAGGAGUGUCAGCUAAUUUUUUAAGAAUUACUUUAUUUUUUUGUUUUAGUAUUUUUUAAAAGUAGAGUUGUUUAUUAGCAAGGUUCUCUACUUUUUACAUUUACCAUUAUAAGCAUUCCUCCAGAAGUUUUAGGACACUUAAAUUGGCAUCAGGUCAAAUUUUAAUUUUUUAUUUUUUUUUUAAAUAUUCAUAUGUGUGGGGCCCCACGCUAUUAAACAAUUUCAGGAAAGUGAGACAGCUUAGUGACUUCAGAUAGGGAAGUCAAGUGUACAUGCAUAAACUCGAAUUGGUUAAAACUUUAGUCAAACUACCUUUUAAGAUAUUUUUACAGUUCUCAUUUUGAUGAUGUGCCUUUUGUUAUCGUUUCAUCCACUGUAUUUUGGUUUGUGCUUGUGUAUAUAUACCUACCCCGUAUAAGGCUUUUUGAAGAAUUCAAAUUUAUCCCUGUAAAAAAAGAAAUUUUUUUUUUUUUGCUAUGUGCUAAUGUGGUACAUCUAUAACGUCUCAAAAUUACCCUUUUAGUGCAAUGUUUCAGUUGUGGGAUCUUGUUUUGUCAUUUUUAAGACAAGUACUGUUCAACAUCUAUCUUAUAAAAUGAGUCAUCACUAAUAUCUACAAACCAGCUGUAAUAACAGGCUUUGCCAGUGCUGUGUAUCCUGUUUAUCAUUAAUGCUUCUAGAUAUGUCUUAAACUAUGCCAAGGUGCGUUAAGAUCAUAGCGAAACUUUAUACACUGAAGUUCAGUACACUUCAAAGUACUGUGGCAGAAAUAAAAUUAGAAGUGUCUGGGAUAUGGGUUGAGGGAAUAAUCUGCUGGCUUUCUGAUUAUAUAUGCUAAGUACUAAAUACUUAAAUUUUCUGAUGCCUGUGACAAAUCUUUAGACUUAAAUCUCUUUAUCCUGAAUUCACGCUGCUGUGUCUUGUUUUAGAACAUUUGGUACUUGACAUGAGGCACUAGUAUUUCAGUGCAACUGCAGCAUUAUAAAAGAAGGUCUAAAAGCAGAACACUAUGAUUUUUCCCUGUAUAUGUGCACAUGCAUGUGCAUACAUGUAAUUCUUAGGUGAGGAAGUGUGGGUACUAUAUUUUGAUGUAUACAUACAUGUCAGUAGGGAUAAAUUAAUUAUUCCUUGAUACAGUUUUUACCACAUCACAAUAUGCUGCCAUCUUGCAACUAUUUUUUGUUGGGCUUUAUGAUUUUAAGAAAAUAUAAAAUGUUGGGAUUGCUAACUCCACCUUGAUUAUCCUUUUCAGGGGUUUAUUGUGAGAGGCUUUUGGUUGAAUGAUGAGCCGUUUUUUCAUACUGCAGGCAGCAAAGUGAUGAAGUAAAAAUACCUAUUAAAAUGAAUGUUUUAAGAUGACAGUUUAAAUUGCUGUAAUAUCCUUUUAGUUUUUGUUUGGAGACUUUGUAUGUCACUGUCCAUUUUAAAUGCAGAUUUCUUUGAACAUCCUUUCUGAUGUGAAUUUGGGAAAGUUUUUUGGCAGCAUACUUCAUUCUGUAAUGCUGAACAUCAUGUUGCAGCCAGUAAGCGUUAGAUCUAGUAUUUGUAGUUUGCAAGUGUGUUGGUCUUAAAUACAACAUUUCCAACAUAGUCCUGCUAGCUUUAACAUAAUGAAAAUUACCUGUUUUAACAUCAAAAUAGCGAGGAAAAAAAUUGUUUUCUGACAAAGUAUUUAUUUGCACUACUUAUGAAUACUGGAGUUUACUGGGACAGGGUUUUUUCUCACCAUGUGAGGUUUACUUGUGUGUGGGUAGGUACAUACAUUUGUCACGUGUUGACAAUCAAUUGCCUCAACUGUGUGUAUACUGUAUGUAAAUAUGAACAUAUUUUUCAAGAUUAAGGGGGAAACCUGCAUCUAGUGGUGGUAAAGCUACUCCGUAGUAAGGUGACCCCCACUCUAACCCCUUUUUGUCUCCAGAUACUAUGUGGUUUGUUUUACUUCUUUAAUGAAGAUUAUUAGUGUUCUUGGAAAAUUUUAGGUCCAGGGAAAUUUUCCUCAAUAUUUAAUGUAUAACAUGUUCAGAGAAUUAUAUUUUGAAAAAUUAAUUUUGGAAUAGAUAUGCUAUGGCUGUAUUUUAACCUAAGAGUUUAAACGUGUCCUAUUUUAUCAUGAACCAAUGGCUAUCUCUUUUUAAGUGUUCAGCAUUUUAACUUCGGUCACAAACCAGAAUUUUUUGUUUAUCUUGGCUUACAAAUUUAAUUUGAAGACUAAGUGAGAACCGAGAAUAACUUUUUGAGUAAAAUAAUAAAAAUCAAGCAGUACAGACUAGGUAGUGUACUCAUAAUCCUGGAGGAGGUGUGGAAACUAUAGUGGAACAUGUUUGAAUGACAUGUAUGUACUGCACACAAAACAAAAAGAUGUUUGUGCUGUUAGUAAAUCUAAUAAUCUCAUCCUUAAAUUCUGCAGUUCUUUCAUUGCCAAAGAUAUUGCUACCUUGGCAUGUUUAAUAUAGCAUUAAAGCCAUUAGCUAGGUCUCAUUUGUAACAACCGUCUACAUCAUAGGCAUAGUUUCCAUCAGAAGAGUAAACAUGCCCAUUUUUUUAUUUAUUUAAAUUUCUUGUUUAGGAUAAUUGCAGGAAUACAGUUGCAAAAUAUCAUUCCUUUCCAAGCAUGGUAAGCGAAGAAGCCAGAUCCUUUGUACUUGCAUUGCAUUUGUGGUUUAUAUCAAAUCAUUCAAUCUCUUAUAUUUUCUUCAGUAUUUUAAAUGCUGUUUAUUUCUAGCAUAUGGGCCUUAAUCUCUCUUGAUUAUUUUUUUAGUUUGUUUUCCCACUGGCACUCAGAUAAACUUUGCUGUGGAAAGCUUUUCUGUAGGUGUUCAGGGUAACAGAUCAUGACAUGGAUGUUGUGUUAGUGAAUACAUGUAUCAGUCUGUCAAAAUUUACAUUUUCAAAACCGUCUGAAGAGCCAAAAUACUCACCUGCCUCUUACACAGUGGUGGAAGACAAUGGAGAGCUGUGAGCAACUUGGUUUGUCAGUAGUUCCUCAAAAUAAGCAGUAAGUGGAUUUUGCAAGACUGAUAUGCAUGAGGAUUUCCAUGUAGUUUUUAGGAAAUUUUAUUUAAAAUAAAACAAAUCUUGGAUCAAGUUUUCAAAACAUAACAGCUAACCAUUUUAGAUAAACUUGCCUAGUAAGUUUGGCAAGUGUCAAGGCCUGUGACAUUAAAAGUUCAGAAGCAAGCUGUAGAAGUCUAAGGGUACCUUACAGCUUCCAGAAAUGGAUUUAGUAAAAAUCUGUCCCAUGAUAUUUGUCUGUAUUUGAGAUUUAAUGAAAAAAUUUCAGUGUUUGCUUCCAUUCUUCUAUUUAUUUUUCUCUAGGCUACCUCCCCCUGCCCCAAUUUUUAUUUUUACUGUGUUCACCAGAUCUUACCAAAGGUAGUAUCUGAGGGACCAAAUGAAGUUCAAAUGGGUCCAUAAAUUAUCCCUCCUACCAUAAAGGAUUACUAAGCUAUUCCUGUGAGGAGCUGUUGAUGGGAACAGAUGUAUAGUAAAACUUUGUGUCUGUACAGUAAAACCUUGCCCUACAUUUUAGCUUGUGCAUGAUGAGCAAAGUGAUGAGAUCAAGUUUUAUUAACCAAUUACUUGGUUGUGAGCUCCCAGUGUUUUACAGUGAGAUGUAAGCAAUUUAGAGUGGAGUAUCUUUGCAGUCUGCUAGAACUCUUUAAAGUGAUUUAAAUUUUGACUCUUGAAAAGAUGAUUAAUCACUCAUUAAAAUGUGGUAUGGAAUUCACACAGGUUUUUGGGUUUAGAGGGUAAAAUGGUCAGGGGAGAUUUCUAUUUAGGAGUAUCUCCUAGUGAAGUGACUCUAUGGUGCUUUGUCAUGGACACUUCCUUACAAAUCGGUAGUGGAUCCUGUGUGUUUGAGUCCUCAUCCUCCCCAGAACUGAUCAUAAUAAAGAAAAAAGAAGUAAAAUAAGGAGGACUUGGGAGUGACAGAAAUACUGGCUAUUGACACUGUUCUUUCUGUCCAGGCAGUUGUUGUUGUUGUGCUAGACUUUCAUGUUAUUAGUUUAUGAAAAAUGCAAGUAGUAAUAAUUUUGUGGCUUCAAGUAUACAGUAGAUGUGAGUUAACAAUGACUCAGGAUAAACCAACUUGUCAAAGUAUUAAUAGAUUCCUAGUACUAGGGUGUGUCUGUGUGGUUUUGUGUGCCAGUGUUCAAUGAUUACUUUGAAACAAGACUUCUUACUGUUUUCUUGCAGAGAGUGAGUACUUUUGGGAUGGAUAUUACUCGCUGGUUAUUUAUGGAGAAAUACCAUGAGAUUAAAUAAAACUGAGUCAUUUUAACAUUUUUUUCCAUAUCGAAGAUUCCAGGAAAAAGCUAAUAAAGAUUUUUAAUAGUUAAAUCAGAUACUCUUAAUACAUUUUAGACUUACUAUGGUAGCUUUUAUUUGCUAUUAAAAAACCCAACAACUAAAUUGAGGUACCCCAUGCUGCAUUUUUUAAAUUUGUAAUUCCUGUACUUUACAAUGAAUCUUCUGAUCUGUUUUUGUCCUUCUAAGAAUGCAGGAUAUGCUGUCAAUUUUACUAGCAAAAAGAAACAUUCUGCAAGGGUUAAAAGAUUAUUUUCUUACUUUUUUCUGUCAUACCAGGUUUGUUUCUCUGAACUAAGGUUUCUGAGGAUUUUUACUACUUUAGCAUUAUGUAAUCUUAUCUCUGUCAUGGAAGGAGCAUAAGCAGCAAGUAGCCCACUUCUUGUGGACGAACAGCUUAGGCAAAAGGAUGCAGAUUGGUGGUGCGAGCCCUCUGCUCUUCACCAGGACAGCCCUGUGUGCUGGUGUGAACCCCAGACGUUCAAGAUUCGGUACUGGUGAAGGACUAAACCGAACGGGUUUUUAAUAACUGCGACCUCUGCUGUACGAUGUCCUUUUAACCUGGGACCAGGGAAAAUCUUCGUUCUUAGACCUGAAGAUGGCACGUAUUGAAGAUCAUGUUAUUGGUGCAUGUAAGCCAUUAUCUUAACUGUCUUACUGAGCUGGUUAAUGCUGUUGACUGUUGUUGAAAUGUGAAAUGUAGUUACUAUUGACUUUGUAAAUACCUGCCAGAGAUGAAAUAUAAUUAUUUUAAAUCAUUGUAAAUAGAGAUGUAUAAAACUCGA